AUGGCGCCCAAGAUUUUUGGACGACUUACCGCGUCGACGCAAGGCGGUCGAUCGUUUUACGAACAGCUGCGAGGCUACGACGAUGAAGCAGACUUGGACACGGAGGCAGGGCCGUUAAUGGCAGACCACGACUUUAUGCCUACGGCCAGGCAUCGCAACAACACCGACAGCGUAUUAUCACCAGAAGCGGACAGCGUACACGGCGGAGCCCAGAGAGCAGCUGCCGAUGGCCGAAGCUCUUCUCUAGGGUGGCCACACGAUGACGAAGGCGAUGAGGACGUGCCUGCUUCCCUCCUCGUGGAGCCUAAUAAGGCGACGGCGAAUCCAGGCCUGGCUCGAGCAGAAGCACCGCAUGAAUCCCAACAUUAUGACAGCCCUAAUCUCUCGUCAAGCCACAGCCACGCCCCAUGGCGGCCGCCGGCUGACGAAAGGAGGCACGAAGUUCCGAGGCCAAGCACACGGCCGGCCACCACGCCUUAUAUACCGUCAAUAAACGCCGGGGCAUCGUUCAAUCGGAAGAAUACGGCGCUAUGGAAAUGGGCGAAUGUCACGAAUCUCGACAGCUUUAUGAGAGAUGUUUAUGACUAUUACGAAGGGGGUGGGAUGUGGUGCAUCAUGGUUGUAAAUGCUCUGUGGCUACUGGAGACUUUGUUCGUGGCCGUCUUGUUGACCUUCUUGACUCAGUGCGUCAAGUACAGCAGUAUACCGCAUAGCCACUCGCUGGGUGAAGUCGUCAUACCUCGCUGCACCCAGAAAAUGUCGGGAUGGUGGGCGUUGGGAAUAUGGUUCUACUCCUUCUUCUUCAUCUGGAAGUCUGUGCAGUAUUUCUUUGAAAUUCGCCGUUUACUCUUCGUUCGCGAGUUUUUCAUUGUCCUUCUCGAGAUUCCCGAACAGGAUAUGCAGACCAUCUCUUGGCAGGAUGUCGUUGCUCGAAUCAUGACUUUGCGGGAUCAGAACCCCAGGACGGCCUCAGAUAUACCGCAAAACCUACGACGCUUUAUUGGCAGCCAGUCGAAGGAACGAUUAGACGCUCACGAUAUCGCCAAUAGACUGAUGCGCAAGGAAAACUACCUGAUUGCCAUGGUCAACAAAGAUGUACUAAAUUUAUCGCUUCCGUUUCCCUUUCUCCGAGGACGUCAGUUGUUUUCAAAGACCAUGGAAUGGUAUCUGCAUUAUUGCAUCCUUGACAUGGCUUUUAAUGAACUCGGUCAAGUCCAACAGGAUUUCUUGCGUGCUGAACGAAGGGGAGUUUUGAGCCAAAAAUUGAAGCAGCGGUUUUACUUUGCUGGCUUUCUGAAUCUUCUAUUUGCCCCCAUUGUCCUUGCGUAUGUCAUCAUCGUUUACUUCUUUACAUACUACAAUGAGUAUCAAAAAGAUCCGAAGCUGGCUGCGGCUCGUAAAUACACCUCACUCGCCGAAUGGAAAUUCCGCGAAUUCAACGAGCUGCCUCAUAUAUUUUACGAGAGACUUCACAUGUCAUUUCCAUUUGCGACCCGAUACAUUGAUCAAUUUCCAAAACGCAUGACGGAGGAAAUUGCGCGGAGUAUCUCAUUUAUGUGCGGAGCUCUCACUGCAAUCCUCGCAGUGUGCACGCUGCUAGAUUCGGAACUGUUCCUAUCAUUUGAGAUUACAAAGGAUAGAACUGCUUUGUUCUAUCUGGGAAUUUUUGGAGGCAUAUGGGCAAUCACUCGAGGCAUGGUGUCUGAAGAGUCUAUGGUAUUCAAUCCCGAGUAUGCCCUAAGGAACGUGAUUGAAUAUACCCAUUAUAUGCCCGACCACUGGCAAGGAAGACUGCAUAGUACCGAUAUCAAGCAGGAGUUUUCCGAACUCUACAAAAUGAAGGUGGUCAUCUUUUUGGAAGAAGUCUUGGGCAUCAUAACAACUCCCUUGCUGCUACUUCUAUCACUACCCAAAUGCAGUGAUCAGAUCGUGGACUUCUUCAGAGAAUUCACGGUGCAUGUAGACGGCUUGGGCUACGUCUGCUCAUUUGCUGUCUUUGACUUCAAAAAGGGACCAGGCCAUCCCGAUCGCCAAAGAAUUCCUCAGGAUGUCCGUGAGGAUUACUAUGCAACCAAGCACGGCAAAAUGGCUGCAUCUUACUAUGGAUUCCUCGACAACUACGUUAUUAAUCCAAAGACUGGUAUCCCUGGACAUAUGCCUCCAGGAUCGCAGCAACCAUUCCAUCCUCCGCCUGCAUUUCCAAAUCUGAAUUCACCUACUCUGGCAGCAGAUAUGCAAGCUUCUCAAGCAGGAAUCACAGAAACGGGAAGGAAUAGAAGCCGGACCGUUGGACUGGGCACGUUUCCCAGAGGAGGGCACAGCAUUACGCAGCCAUCCCCUAUGGCGUCUAUGCUGUUGGAUCCUCGCCACCAGCCAUCCAUCACAAACUUUGGAGCAAGAGGACCGCAUAAGCCGCGCCCUUCGCGAGGAGCGCACCGCGCUGAUGGACAAAUCCCCGAAGAGCCAUAUGAGGCUGAUGCGGAUGCGGAUGCAGCUGGACUGGGAGGCGACAGCUCCGAAGCCGGAGCCACGCUCGGAGAAUCCAUGUGGCAGACGUCACCUGGCAGGGAGCUCAGCAAGGAGAAUAGCAUGGCUAACUUCAAUGAGCCAGAGGCUGGUGUGCUUGGACUGAUUAACCAGUUUCGGCAGGCACAGCAUCACCGCCGGGGAGGGGUC